AUGACCGACACUUGCACUGAACCCGCUGGAGCUAUCAGGGCCAUUGACAAGCACUCGGUGCAUCAAAUCUGCUCAGGGCAGGUGGUGCUUACCUUGGCAACUGCAGUAAAAGAACUGGUGGAAAACAGCAUUGAUGCUGGGGCCACCAACAUUGAUGUCAAGCUUAAGGAGCAUGGAAUAGAACUAGUGGAGGUAUCCGAUAACGGAAAAGGUGUCGAGGAGGCCAACUUCGAAGGGUUGACAUUAAAACAUCAUACUUCAAAGCUGAGGGAUUUUGCCGAUCUCACUCAUGUGGAGACCUUUGGCUUCAGAGGUGAAGCACUCAGCUCUUUGUGCGCUUUGAGUGACCUUAUUGUGGUGACAUGCCACCAGUCCAGCUCAGUGGGGACCAAGCUGGUCUUUGACCACAAAGGCCAUUUGGUUGAGCGGCAACCUCACCCACGGCAACAAGGCACCACGGUCAGCCUGCAGCAGCUAUUCCUAACGCUGCCUGUCAGACAUAAGGAGUUCCAGCGUAAUAUUAAAAAGGAGUUCACCAAAAUGGUGCAUGUUUUACAGUCCUACUGCAUCAUCGCCACAGGAGUGCGCAUUACCUGCUCCAACCAAAAUGGACAAGGGAAGCGUAACACUAUUGUUAGCACAAGUGGCAGCCAGAAUAUGCGAGACAACAUAGCAGCUGUAUUUGGACCCAAACAGCUACAGAGCCUUUUACUCUUUCAGCAUGUGGCUCCUGAUGAGAAGAUUUUGGAAGAAUAUGGACUUGUGAAUGCGAAACUCCCGGAGAAACUCUUUAGCAUUUCAGGGUUCGUGUCACAAGCAGACCAUGGUGUGGGAAGAAGUGCCACUGAUAGACAAUUCUUUUUUAUAAAUAAGCGACCGUGUGAUCCCCAAAAGGUGUUUAAACUUGUAAAUGAGGUCUAUCACAUGUACAAUAGACAUCAGUAUCCGUUUGUUGCCUUGAACAUAGAAGUCGCCUCAGAGUGCGUGGACGUAAACGUUACCCCAGACAAGCGUCAGAUUUUGCUUCAGGAAGAGAAGCUCUUACUGGCGAUUCUAAAGUCUUGUCUCAUCAGCAUGUUUGAAGCUGGCGUCAAUAAAAUCAGUCUAAACAAUAGUCUCAUCCCCAGCAACACUACUGCAUCCAAACAAUCUGAGGAGAACACUCUAGAAUCGGGGGAUUAUGCAGAACCACUGCGGGAGAAGACAAAGUCAUCCUUGAAUCUGGCUGGUCUAAAAGCUGCUUUUUCAAAUCACAGCAACUUCAAUUCGGGUGUCAAAUCCAACACGUCAAAACCCACCAGUAACAACUCUGCACAGAAAACCCUCAAGUCUUUCUUCGCAAACACUGGAAAAACCGCUGCCCGCCAUCCAGGUGCAAAAUCUCACCACGCGGGCGGCUCAGUAGGUACGUCAACGCUAGAUGGGUUCAGGUUUGGCUCCAAAGACAUUCAUCUGUCCAGCUGUGACAUCGGUUCUUCACCGAACAUUCAGAAUUCUGGCCCAUACUCAACUACUUUUGAUACUGAAGAACCCAGAACAAACACGGAAGACUUGACACAAACAAAAGCAAAAUUCACGGAAAAAUUCCAGAAGUCAGACUUGCAAAAUCAACCAACCGCCUACAGUGAGUGUGGUUCUGUGAGUCCAGAUCUGAAAAGAGCCAGGAAGGAAAAUCUUGCCUGUGCAGUAGAUGCUCCAGUUAAUGUACAAAAGAGGACGGUGCCGCUCAACUUCUCAUUAAAAGAAUUGACCGGGAAGAUCAGGAGGUUACAAAACCAAAAGGAGAAGCAAAAAGCCAGCGAGGAGCUUCAGUACCGACGUUUUAGGGCCAAAAUCAACCCUGGAGAAAACCAGUGUGCAGAAGAGGAGCUCAAGAAAGAGAUCAGCAAAGACAUGUUCAAAGAGAUGGAGAUUUUGGGCCAGUUUAAUUUGGGCUUCAUUAUCACCAAACUCAACUCGGACCUUUUCAUGAUCGACCAACAUGCCACAGAUGAGAAAUAUAACUUCGAAAUGCUGCAGCAGCACACAGUGCUCCAAGGACAAAAACUUAUUGUCCCUCAGAAACUUCACCUCACAGCAGUUAAUGAGAACAUACUUAUGGAAAACAUCAAUAUCUUCCGAAAAAAUGGCUUUGAAUUUCAGGUGGAUGAGGAAGCUCAGGUGAUGGAUAGAGUCAAACUGGUAUCUUUGCCUACAAGUAAGAACUGGACAUUUGGUCCAGCAGACAUUGAGGAACUGAUCUUCAUGCUGACUGACAGCCCAGGGAUCAUGUGUCGGCCUUCGCGUGUCAGGCAAAUGUUCGCCUCUAGAGCUUGUCGGAAAUCUGUGAUGAUUGGAACCGCUUUGAGUAGAAGCGAGAUGAAGAAGCUCGUGGUUCACAUGGGUGAGAUUGAGCAGCCGUGGAACUGUCCUCACGGGAGGCCCACUAUGCGACACCUGAUUAACCUGGAUAUGGUUUCACGAGGCUGA